AUGUUUGUCACCGCGCCCGUCACUCCCGUCCCGGUUGUGCCUUCCGUCCUUCCCCCCGUCCUUCCCGUCCCUCCCGUCGCCCAGCACCCUCCGUCCCUUCCUUCCCGCGCCCCGCUUCUGUCCCGCAUCCACUCCUGCCAUAGCGCGCCUCCCUCCCGUGCCUCCCUUCCCUCUCCGCCGCUCGUCAUCCGAGAGAAGACGCAGGGGGUGCCGGGGAGGAGAGAUAGCACGCCUGUCACGGGGCGUCCGCCCCUCUCCUCCUUUCCCCCUCAGCCCCCCUUCUCCUCCUUUCCCUCUCAGCCCCUCUCCUCCUGUCCCUCUCAGCCCCUCUCCUCCUUUCCCUCUCAGCCCCUCUCCUCCUUUCCCUCUCAGCUCAGCCCGCUAUAUUUAAUAUUACCACUCUGGUGUGGCCUCUCCCCUCCCCCUCACACCCCAGACCCCUUCCACACUAGCCGCUCGUGCCACUGCCACGCUUCUCCGCGCGCCCGAGUAACAAGCUUGCGGAAUGAGGGGGAGUGCGGGCAUGGAGGUGAAGUGAAGGAGGUGAAGGGGGAGGAUGGGGAUGCAGGAGGCAGAGCAGUGCUGGAGUGGGCGCUGAUCGACCUCUUUGCUGGCCCCUUCUCGGCAGUAGUGGCGGUGGUGGUGUGGCAGGAGGGAGCGGUAGAAGCAGUGGCAUGGGGAGUGGGUGGAGCAGCAGUAGCAGCAUGGUGGCGGUGCCACUUCCACGACCUCUCCCACGCCUCCUCAGGGUUGUGCCAUGGGGUGGGCACUCCCAGAGGAUCCCUCUCGCACCUUCCUUCCCUCCACGCCUUUCCCCUUGCCCUAUGCCGUUUUACCCUCCAUCCCUAUGCGGUGUCCCCCCUUCCCUACAAUCUGCUUUCCCCCUUCACUCCGCCCUCCUUUUCCCAUUUUUCCAACGCACAGCUUUUCCCCUUCCAUGCGCGAUCACAUUCCCCUUCUGGACGAGCUGCUUUCCCCACUUCUCCCCGCGCGGCCCCCCCUUUUCCUCCACGCUGUUUCCCCACUUCUCCACGCUUCUCUAUUCCUCAACCCCACAAUUCCGUAAGCAUUCCCCCGCUGACCUUCCCUCCUUUCCACCCCUCCCCCCUCCCUCCCUUUACUCCGUGUCCUCCCUUCCGUUUUUCCCUUAAUCUCACCCUCCCUCUCCCGCAUGUCCGUCCCUCCGUUUUCCCCCUUGUUUCUCCCUCCUUUCCCCCUUGA